AUGGGAGCGCGGCUGCAACGCCUUGAACAAGACAACCUGGAGCUACGUCGGCAUUUUACCAGCGUCGCGCAAGAAAACCUCGAAUUACGUCAACAAUUCCACGCAUUGCGCAUGCAGUUCGAAGACUUCAAGGGAGACAACAAGGCGGCCAAUGUCACCAAUGAUACCAACGACAGCCGAGCAAUUCUCAAACGUCUCCUCCUCGAAUCUGUCGUGGCGACGCAGUCGCUUAAGCCGAAAGAGCCGCUAGGCUAUGACUGUGUGCGCGAACAAAAAGAAUUUCCGAACCUCAAAUUUUUUACUCUCCGAGAUUGGAAUCAGUGGAAGCGCGACAACCCCAAGACCACGCGGAUCGGGGAGGAACCCGUACGAGGCAAGGCGAUGUCCUCGAAGGGGAUCAACCACACCGCCCCCUACGUGGAGCACAUUGACGGCACUCCUGCCGACGGCGACUACAUCAACGAUGCCCGGAAGUUCUGCCGUACCUUCCUCAACCUCGCCCGCACGGCUCGAUACGAGCUCCCUAGGAAAUGGGGCGACACUGACAUAUGGUUACAGGAGCUUUUUUACACCGCGCUGCGCAAAAAAUUUCCCCUGUUCCAGCUUUGCCACAACAACGCGAAGGGCUCUAUUUUCAUGUACUACUCGUAUUACGAACAGGUCACCCGCAAGUGGGACAAAUCACACACGGAGACUGUCGACCUCAACGACGCCCUGCACACCAUCAAGAGUGCUUCGGACUUGGAAGAAUCUGAGUCGGAGUCGGUGCGACAAGACAACGCCCGUACGUCAAAGCCCCCCCAUAGUCGCCGCACUUCGAAGCGGCCUUCCCGUGAUGACGACGCAGCGACUGGACCUCGAAAGCAAGCCCGCAUAGACUCAGACGGAGCGGCACAAACCGUUGUUGAUGUUGUUGCGACUCCCUCCAAUGCUUUCAAGGGCAAGCAGCGAGCCGCUCCCAGCCUGCUGGCCGUGCUAUCGACAUCCACGACUGCUUUGCAGCUUGAACGACGUCCCGCAAUCAUUCCCGACUCCUCAUCAUGUAGACUUCCCCUGUCUGACCCCUUGGUCGCACCUGCGUCUCCCUCCCUAUCCGUCCCCUCUGCCUCAUUACCUGUUACUAGUUCGUCCCAGUCCAUCCAAGUUCCCCAUCCCACACUGUCGUCCCUUGCGUCGCUAACAACACUCACGCCGUUGUCUAUGUCCCUGUCGCACCCCGAGGCGUCAUCUGAUCCUAUUCAAGUGCCUAUGGGUCCCCCCCUCGAUGUCGGUCUUCCUUCUGUGGCCCCGGACCCAGCCCCGAUUCCCCAGCCCCAAGACGUCGCUGCUGGGGGUUCUACCCCUUCGGAGCAACCCCCUGCCGAGCCCGCAAAGACGCCCGCCCCGAAAAAAACUCGUGCGCCUCGCAAGACGUCGCAUUGGCCUCCCCCAGGUGAUAUGCAAGGGGCCAAGUGGAUAUAUGCACGGAGAUGGUACACGGAGACGGACGGCACCCAGGACGCCUUUGAGGCCCAUUACAAGUCACUGAGUCGGGCCGAGCGCCAGAGGCUCGGACGCGCGUCAUAG